UUGUCUGUAUCGUUCGUCGGCGGAGCAGGUUGCAGAUUUUUACAGGAUUUUCGCGGGUUUUUUUAUCACGACUGUGAGGAAUUGGAUGGAUCGUUCGGGCAAUUUCGAGACAUCCGGCAUCGGCUCGUCGUCGCCGGGGGAAUUCUUUUUUACGUGACUCUACUAGUCCUGCAAUUCCUACACCGGCUGCUUCCAUCAAAUUUUGCCAAAAUGAGCUGGCGGGAGUAGCAACAGGAAAAGAUUUGACGGCCGUGGGAGGUUGGAACAUGGAUGUGUGGGAGUUGGCGUAUAGAGAUCGAUCGAAAGACCUGCGGCCAUAAACUUACGGCCGUGAAAGGCUGAUGAACCUGCAUCACGGUGAAAUGGUCGAUUUGUUUGUCCUCGGCUGCCUUGACGACCAACCAACGACGCAACUAGAGUGUGGGCCGCGGACAGUGGCUGAAGAUUUCCCUGUGAUCCCGUUAACUUCAGAUGAGUCUCAAACUACUAGCCGAUAUAACUGCGUGAUUCUCAAGUGACGCAUCUCAAGCGUUUCCUGCACGAAUCGUUUGAAGACGAGUCGAGAGUUUUGGCGAAUUGCAUUUCCAUUCAAACUCGAAAUCGACGAAUAUUAAACAUGGCCGGCCGAUUUGGUGGUUUGCACAUCAGUUUGCCAGGACUGGGCUCGAUCCUAUUGCGUCCGUCAGCAGCAACAACAAGAACAACAAUAACAUCCAAUCUGCCACCAAUCAAUCAAGAUGGGCUGCUGGCAGGGGGAGUGGACGUCAACGGCCAGCAAUCCAAGCGGAUCGGACCGACCACCGCCCAUAGUAUCAGUAGCAGCAGCAUUGGUGCCGGUAUAUCCGAUUCCAAUGACUCGUCCAUCAAUCCCCCGACGACGACGACUUUACUGCACCAUCAGCCAUUCGACAACAGCGGCGAGAUGGCGUUGACUGUCGUCAAGCCUUCGUAUCCCAGCAUCGAAAUGAACAUGGAGGAUUACGUGUCUGAAACCCAGCGGAGCAAUCAGGUGGGCGACUACUCGCAAUUGCGGACCUUCUUCUUGACCUGUUUCCACUCGUACGCCUCCAUCUGCGCCACCUUUAAGCGCUUUCCCGACAAUGGCGGCGACAACGAGCACGACCCCGAAUUGCGGAUGGACUUUCUCAACUGCGUCUACGACUCGCUCUCCACCAUGCCGGGCGCAGUUCACAAGACGGCCUUGAGGUCCAUCGUCCACGCCCUGCUGGAGGAAGGCAGAAAGUUGUAUUCAAAGGACGACGUCCGGGCUCUUUUCGUUUUGCUCCAGUGUCCGCUGUUUAGCAGCCCGUCGACUUACUCGGUUUACUCACACCUGCUGCGCCAAAUCCUCGGCCUCAGCAACAGCGAUCACCACCUCUUUGUCUACUGGCUCAAAACGUUGGAGGCCAAUCGAUUCCGGAACAUCGUACGCCAUUUGCUACAGUUUAUCAGCAUCCGCCAGUUUCCGGCUGGGGAGAGAGGUCUUCCGGCUCCUACCCGAUCCCGUUGGUGGAUCCCCACAGGCGUCCGGAUUUUGGCCUUGCUAAAUGCCAGCAAUAACAACACGAGCGGAUCGGGGCCCUUGGUAUCCUACACGGAAUUCUACAACAGCACGCUGGACCACAUUGACCUGAUGAAAGAGUACCUGACAUGGCAAAGUCCCGAUCGGCCUGGACAGUUCUCAUAUUGUCAGUAUCCGUUCAUCCUGAGCAUCGCCGCUAAACGUUUCAUCCUCACCAAAGAUUCAGAGCAGCAGAUGAUCCUGACGGCCAGACGUUCUCUCGUUUCGAAAAUGUCACGUAAUCAGCCACCGAGGUUGGAACUCUUCUUCCUCAACAUACACGUCCGUCGCUCCCACUUUGUCCUCGACUCGCUCAACGAGAUAUCGAUCAAACAGCGGGAUUUGAAGAAGAAGCUGCGCGUGUCCUUCGUCGGCGAACCUGGAUUGGAUAUGGGUGGGCUGACGAAGGAGUGGUUCCAACUUCUUAUCCGGGAAAUCUUUCAGCCUGACUACGGCAUGUUCAUCUACUAUCCGAACGCUCGCUGUUAUUGGUUCAGCACGUCGACGGAAACCAAUCUAAAAGAGUACAAUCUCAUAGGAGUUCUCAUGGGACUGGCUGUCUACAACAGUAUCAUCUUGGAUCUACAUUUCCCGUCCAUUUGCUACCGGAAACUUCUUUCACCACCGGUGGUUCCGGCCAACAACAGCGCCCGGGUGGGUGUCGUGAGGAACUUUAAUUUGGACGACUUGGCUCAGUUCAUGCCCGAAGUAGUUUUCGGUCUGAAAGAGUUGCUCGCCUACGAGGGCAACGUCGAAGAAGAUAUGGCACUAACUUUCCAGGUGUCUUUUGGGGAAUACAACGAAGUGGUAACAGUGCCUUUAAUGGAGAACGCCCACCGGGUGCCCGUGACUAACGCCAACCGUAACGAGUUUGUCCGUCUUUACCUCGACUGGAUUCUCAACAAAGGCAUUUACGAAAAGUUCCGCGCUUUCUACCUGGGAUUCCACUCCGUCUGCGCCUCUAAUGCUCUUAUCAUGCUCCGGCCGGAAGAGGUGGAAAUUCUCGUCUGCGGUUCUCCAAAACUGGACUUGCGGGAGUUGCAGAAGAACACGGAAUACGACGGCUACAAAUCGGGUGAUCGCGUCAUCAAGGACUUUUGGGACGUGCUCUUUGAAUUGUCGCCGGAGAUGCAAAAGAGAUUUUUGCGCUUCGUUACCGGGACCGACCGAGUUCCAGUGGGCGGAAUGGCCGAAAUGAGUUUCAAGAUCACUCGACUUCGGGAUCGACCCGUAUUUCUACCAGAAGCUCACACUUGUUUUAACCAACUCGUUCUACCUGAUUACCCGGACAGGGAGACGCUCCAGCAGAAACUGUUCAUCGCGCUAUCGAAUGCCGAAGGAUUCGGAUUGGAAUAGGAAAUCAAACGCAGACUGAACUGGGAAACAAGGAUCGACAGCCAAACGAAUAUCUCUUGGAUUAUUUGCAAUAUAUUGCACAACGUCUAGAUAUUAUAUUAUAGCACGUGCCGUCUGGUGGCGUAACUUUGACGUGGAAUAAUAUUGGACUCGUUCUCAAUGUGACAGAUAUAUUUAUCGAUACUGUAGACCUCGUUUCCUGUUUGUAUUAUUACAGAUUUAUGCUGCGCC